AUGGAAGAUUCUACCUUCAUUAGACCCCCUGAGGCGCCGAAUUUCCAACCGAAUUUUCAAGAAUUCCAAGAUCCUCUAGUAUAUAUUGCGUCUAUUGCCCCUAUUGCAUCGCAAUAUGGAAUCUGCAAAAUCCGCCCACCACUGGGUUGGAGACCUCCUUUUGCCCCUGAUCCAAGAUCCUUCACAUUUACUCCUAGACUGCAAAACCUAUCGGAUAUUGGCGCCAACAACAGAAUUAGGUCUGAUUUCAUCACGUCUCUUGUCAGCUUUUGGCAGGUCAAAGUUAGUUCAUAUAUGAAUAUUCAUCAAUUUCAGGACGUUAAAUUGCAUAUGCCACACAUAAAGGGGAGGCCCCUUGAUAUUUUUUUGCUCUGGAAUAUUGUAAAGGGUAAUGGUGGCUAUGCAAAUGUCUGUGGAAAAAAAAUGUGGUGUAGUAUUUGCUCUGAACUUUGUCUGGACCCUUCACCAUCUACCGCUUCAGCUUUAAGUUCCAAAUAUAGAAGCAUCUUACUACCUUUUGAAAAUUUUCUAAAGUCUGAGCGUUCUUGUACUGAGCAGCCUGAUCCCCCAGAAUGCAGGUAUAAAUCUAAUCUCGGAAAAAUAAAACUUAACGAAGUUGUAUGUCGUAAGUGUGACAAGGGUGACAAUGGAGAACAGCUUUUGAUUUGCGAUGGUUGUGAAAUCAAUGGCACUUAUCACAUUUAUUGUCUGAAUCCACCCCUUAGCGAUGUUCCAAAGGGUAGUUGGCUCUGCCCGAAAUGUUUUCUUGAGAAAUAUCGUCAAGUGCGUGGACCGCUUGAUUUUGGGUUCAGACGAUCCGACAAAAGAUAUAACCUCCAUAGAUUUGGAAUCCGUGCAGAUGACUUUAAAACUAAGUAUUUUGGGAUGCCUCCUCAGAUGGUACCUUUGCAAGAUGUCGAAUCCGAGUUUUGGAGGCUUAUCGAAAGUCUUGAUACCGAUGUGUGCGUGGAAUAUGGUGCAGAUCUUAGUGCUCGAGAUUUCGGAUCAGGUUUUCCUACGAAAUAUUCAAACAAUAAUACGGAAGCUUAUAGAAAAUAUGCUAAUUCCUCUUGGAAUCUUAAUAAUAUUUCAGUAAACGAGAAAUCUGCAUUAAAAUUUCUGCCGAGGGACAUAUCAGGAAUGAUCGUCCCCUGGUGUUAUGUUGGCAUGGUCUUCUCUUGUUUCUGCUGGCAUAUUGAGGAUCAUUGGAGUUACUCAAUAAAUUAUAUGCACGUAGGUGAGCCCAAAACCUGGUAUGGUGUGCCUAGUUCUGCAGCUGAUGCCUUUGAAGAAGCUAUGCUAGCUGAAGCACCUGAGCUCUUUGAACAAUAUCCCGAUAUUCUCCACCAUAUGACUACAAUGAUUUCUCCUACUCGGCUUCGUAAUAGAUCUGUGCCUAUCUAUCGAACUGAUCAAUUUCCCGGUGAAUUUGUUAUCACGUUUCCACGUGGCUACCAUGGCGGAUUUAACCAAGGAUUUAAUUUUGCAGAAGCUGUUAAUUUCUGUCCUGCUGAUUGGUUUCCAAUGGGGCGCUGCUGUAUUGACCAUUAUGCUGUAAUGCAUCGACCUCCUGUAUUUUCACACACUGAAUUGCUUUGCCGAAUGGCAGAAAAUCCUGAAGAUUUACAUAUUGACUUUCUUGUUGUUGUCACGAAGCAACUUACUGAACUUUUAGCUAAGGAGCGCAGUCUCCGCAAACUCCUUAUCAAGAUUGGUGUUCGGCGAACACAGAGAUUGGCCUUUGAGGACUGGGAGGAUGAACGAAGAGAGUGCAAACUUUGCGGAACUACUCUUUAUGCCUCUGCUCUCACCUGUAACUGUGGGAACUGUAAUAUUGCACAAACUAUGGUGUGUUUAGAGCACUAUGCCGCGCUCUCAUGUUGCUCCCCAAGUGAACAAGUUAUGCGAUACCGCCAUGGACUUGAUGAACUUUCCGAUUUCAUCGGCAGAUUGCAGUCUCGUCUGGAUGAGUAUAUGAGUUGGCUUGGACGAGUCGAGACAGUAAUUCAUCUCCUUGAUAAGCCUUCUCAACGUAGUGCAUAUGAUAGCUCCGAAGCGGCUGCUGGCCUUGUUGCUGCCUCUGCGCUCCCUGCCGACUUUUGUUCCAAUGUUUCUGAUCCAUUUAAAACUGAGCCAGAAGCUAGUAAGAUAUAUUUAUUUGCUAUUUACUCCAUCGCCCAUCCUCAAUUAUAUGCCAUAUAA